CGAUGGCAGACCAUUCGAUUCCUCGACUUGAACAUCUCUCGAGUCAAGAAGUGUCCCUCACUUCUCAAAGAGCUCUCGAGCAAGAGGAAGAAACGAAUGGCUAGACUUGGAGAUGGAGGGAGGGGCGCAAUGUUGGACUGGCUCGGCAUUCAAUUUGCAAGAGUGGUGGACUGUGCAGAUAGAUAGCAUCUCGGAUACUCGUGAAUGAUGCAAGUCGAAACUGGGAGUGAUCGUGUGAAGUCCAUGUGCGUCAAUUGGACUCUUCCUAGCUUUCUUGAUUUGAGAAUCUCGACUGCCCUGGCCAGGAAGAAUGGCAUUCUCUACUCCGACGAAAAUCAGGAUGUUGCAUCGAAGGUGCUCUUAGUCAGAAAUAUUAAUUCUGAUGGUCUCGUGCUUUGAAGAUUGUUCGGCUCAUCUCUUUCACCAUAGAAAUUUUUUAAGCUCUUCCUAAGCCUGCCAUUAGUCAUAAGUCGUAUGCAGUUUUGAUGUCUGACGUCAAAAGAUUUCAGUUCCUUUCUGCACCCUAAAUAUCUCCCAAAGUUCAGACGAUCAGUUUGUUUUAUCCUUCAAGGUCAAAUGACAUGGUGGAGUCAAAUCCGACCAUGUUUAUUCGGUCAUCUGCGUUCGGACUCCCUCAUCUUCCUCCCGUGAUAAAUCCUCGCAUCUAAAGAUGUCGAGGAUGUCAUGACCUUCACCAUUGCAACUGGCACAUUUGACAACUAUUUGCGGAGGAGGUGCCUUGCUAGCUCUUCUCGCAGUGUCAAAGGCCCUAUAGGUUAUCAGUAAUCUCCUUCCAUUGGAGUCCAUGCACGAUUCUAGUGCCUUAUCUUUCACUUCAUACGAUCGGGGGAUUUCCCGUGAUCUGUCCCACAUCUCACAUCUGAAGACGUGAGACCCGCAUAUGUGAGCGAUGUCAGAGUUGUUGUGGCAAUUGGCAUGUUGGCCACUAGAUGAAGAAGGGAUGCCAUGCUAGCACCUCACGGGAUUAAGGGCGAAGGCCAUGAUAGGUCGUCAUCUUCCAAGUGUGACUCGAGCACCCUAGAGUCCUGAGACUGGACAGGACGUGGGCUAUGAUAUAUGCUUCGGAGCUCUUCCACAAUUUCAUUGAUCCUCUGAAUUUGAUGAUCCUCAAGUUGGGAAGGUCAAGCACCGGUAACAUGGACCCGGAGGUGGAUUCCCAAGACGCGGUGAUGGAGGUGAACGAGGAUGAACAAAUCGAUCAAGAAAGGGGUGGAAACAAGAAUCACGAUGGAUCUCACUGUGCGGUUGUUCAAACGGAAGUGGCUGUGACGAAAGAACAGGAGAAUGACGCUUUUGUCGAAACGGUGGGUAACUUUUUCCGCGAGAAAAAUUUGGAGUUCAGAAUGCCCAAGUUUUACGGAGAGAAUGUGGAUUUGUUGAAACUUUGGCGAGAAGUGACGACAUUGGGAGGAUACCAAGCGGUCUGUUCGAAGAAAUUGUGGAAACGCGUCGGGCAAAGUUUUGAUCCUCCCAAAACUUGUACCAGUCUCUCCUUCACAUUCCGCCAAUUCUAUGCCAAGGCACUGUUGGAGUACGAGCGAUGUCAGUCUGGUGCAUUUCAGACUGAAAUGCACCAGACUCCGGAAUCCGAUCAUUCAUUUCCUUUUCCGGAGCGAAGAAAACGAAGUGCAUUGAUUCCGAAGAAGAGAGCUCGAGACGAUACCGAACCAAAGGAGGAGGACAAGACUCAAGCUCCAUGUGCAAGUGACUUGAACCAAGAUACGAAUUCCAACCGCCUCUUGCAGUGCAGAAGUGACCACCGUUACACAGAAACAUCUCCUUCAGAUACCUCAGGAGAUACAUGGAAGAAUGAUACACAACACGCUCAUGAUCAUGCUGCUCCGACCACGGACUCCGAAGAAAAAGAGAUUCAAGCGAAUGAGCAUGCACGGGAGGAGGACGGUACAAAUCUGAAGGAGCGAGAUUACAAAUUUUACAGCGAGGACACUGGCGAGGCUCGCCAAAUUGAGGAAAAGGGAGGGAAGGACCGUGAGACCCGGACCUACAGCCGGACCCGGAGAAGAAAAGCACUACCAUCUCCGGGGAAAGCAUGGAUGGCAAAGGGAGGCCAAGAGCACCUGGAGGAUUGCGAGUUCUUGCUCGGAUCGAAGCCAAUCAAGAAGCUCAAAGCAGCCGUGGCAGAUGAUGAUAAUUCGGUUUUCUGGGUGAAGAUCUCGGCGUACAUGACAAGAGAUGAUUAUCAGAUUUACGCUCUUGUUCCAGGUCUUCAAGCGGACGAGCUACGAAUUGAAUGUGAGAUUGCCGGCAAGGUGGUGAUCGCUGGAUGCCCGAAGAAGCCAGACAACUUGUGGGGAAUUACGGCGUUCAGGAAAGUGAUCCAUCUCCCUUCCAGAAUUGAUACCCGCAACUUUCAAGCCAUUGUUUCCCACUUUGGUCAGCUGCUGUUGAGAGCUCCAUUUCUUCAGGAAACCUAGUUCUUGUCCUGGUAUCCUUGUAUCAAUACAAAUAAGUGAUCAUGUGCAGCUCUACGUGAGCUCCAUGUUGUAGUUUAAAUAUUAAGAAGUUGACAUCGCCUUCAGUGGUGUUCUGGAAGAGUACAAUUGGAAAAAUACGUGUCAAAUCCAAUUUAUUUCUUUCUUUAGUUUUAAAAAUUUAUAGAGCUUUGUUUUAGAUGGGAAUUCCACUGUAAUAUCCAUCCACAAUGA